AUGUCCGCUAGUCAUCGACGAGCCAUAAUCAACAUAACUUUGUUGAUGGCGUCUACCCUCUUAUUCGCCGUGUUGGCGGUGCUUCUCCACUCCAAUUCAGCUACUGGUAAUCAACCGUCGUUUCGCCAACAUCGGCGAUUGUUGAAGACCUACAGCGCGUCCGGAAGACAAGGCCCACCGCCGUUCGAGUGCGUGAAAUCGGGUUUCUUUGGCGACGCGAAAGAUUGCGCCCGUUUCUAUCGCUGCGUCGAUUUCUUCGGCGAAGAGAAACAAUUUACGCUGUUUGAGUUUAUCUGCGGUGAGGCCACCAUUUUCGACGAGGCCUUGUCCGUCUGUAAUCACCCGGCUUGGGUUGAUCCAAGACCCCCAUGCUGGGCCACUACUCCAUGGUUGGACGCAGCCGCUACAGAUGGAAAUGGAACUGCUCCGGUAACUUCGAUUCCCGUGACCGCUGGAACGAGUUCAGAAGCUUCUGUUACGACGAUCUCCUCUGUUGAGAGCACAACCGCCACCGCUGGAUUGACAUCACCUUCGCCUAGCGUUGAAUCGAGCACUUCCGUAGUUGAAUCAACGUCUCCAUCCGGCCAGGAAACGACCGUUGCAUCAGAGACGAGUGUGGCAGGAUCGAGCACAACGAUGGUCGAAGAAACCCAGACGACAGCUACAUCGGCUCCUCUUGUUCAGCCCACUGAAUCCAGCAGCCCUUCCGCACCAGUGGAAGCAUCGACUACCGUCGCACCGGAGACAUCCAGCGCUACGUCAGUCCCGGAGACAUCCAGCGCUACGUCAGCCCCGGAGGUACCAAGUACCACAAUCGUUCCAGAAGUGAUGACCGAACCAUCAAGUGCUGCACCUGUUCAGGAGGUUUCAUCUACUACCGUUCCAUCAACGGCCAGCCCUGAAGUCGCGAUUGAAACGACAUCCGCUAAGCCCGAAGCCACUACCAUGGCGGUCGUCACUAGCGCACCGACUGAGGCCAGCACAGCUUCGCCCAUCGUUUCCCCACCAACAACGGACGCCCCGUUCAGACUGACGUGCAACGACGACAAGUUCCAUCGCCAUCCGUUGCGUUGCGAUCUUUACUAUAAAUGCGUCUGGACUGAUUUAUCAUUCAGCGUUGACCUGAGGGCUUGCUCACCUGGUUUGCAUUUCGAUGAAGCUUCAGCCACUUGCAGAAUUCCAGGUAGGACAACGCCCUGCGUGUUUGCCACGUUCCCCGUGACUGUAACUACUGAAUCUACAACAACAACAACGACUGAGCCUUCAACAACAACAACGACAGUCGAACCUUCUACCACCACCACACCAUCUACGACAACAGUAGCCGUUGUAUCUUCUUCUCCUUCAGUUCAGUACACGUUGGCUGCCGGAAGCCUUUACGAUUGCAAGAAGCCUGGACAUUAUCCUUACCAAUUGGACUGUGUCCGAUUCUAUCGGUGUUUCGAAGUCGAGCCAACCGUUCUGAAAGGAUUGUUGUACCGUUGCCCAGAAGGAUACGGUUAUUCGACAGUGACGGAACGAUGCGAGAAACAGGAGACUCUGCCCGUCUGCGAUCGCACCGGCAUCCGCUUGCCGAUGAACUUCCCUGUGCCACUCAUUCCGCUGGACGAUACGACCAUCGUCCAACUGGAGGACUUUGACAAGUUCUUCAGCAAUCCCAAUUACUUUUACACUCCCCGUCGCAAGUUCAAGCUCCGUCGCUAUUAAAAACUUGAUAGCAUAGAAAAAGAAAACGAUGAAGAACCUCUUUGAUCAAACCCAGUGCCUUAAUGUCAAAUGUUUUUUGUUUGACAUCACCAAGUAUUUUGUUUUUGUUUCAUUUUUUAAAUCAUACUCGAAAAAAAAAAUAGUGGGAUGGAGAGGAUCGAUUCUCCAAUUUGUCUGUCUGUGUUUUCUCUCCUUCUCUUCCAAUUAGUUUGAGUUGAGAUCUCGGGAUUUUUUGUGUGGGGGGACCGUGUAAAAGGUGGUUGAAAAAAAAAACAAACAAACAAUAAAUACAGUGACAAUCUCGUCGUUCAAUUCAC